GCCUUAGAGAGGGCUGCUGCAAUCUUUUAAAAAGCACCAACUAUAGGUUUUGACCUUUGUCCUUGGUUCCUUAAUAUAUUUCAAGAUCCACCUUUCUUUCUCUACAAAUACUAUAAAAUUUUCAUUAUAUUUCGUUAAAACAAUAUAACAGUGGCAUUUUAAUGAUGACUAGGUUAGGGAACACAAUUUUAGAGGUUUAGAAGGAAAAAAGAGUGAUCCUAUAUGAUAAAAGAUUAAAAAUGUCAAAUGUGUCUACAGCCAUACUGUCCUGAACAUACUUAGCCUCGUCUGACCUCAGAAGCUAAGCAGAGAUGAACAGUCUUUGCUAGUACUUAGAUGUUGUGAAACAACAGAGUAAAAUGUAUUUACUAAUCUGAUCUCAUGUUCUGUUUUGGCUUAUUUUCAGGCAGAAGGAUUUUUGUGGAAGAUGGAACUCUGUCCGUUUUCCCGAAUGUGUAUCCGAGGCCAUCAGUGGAACCUGACCCUACAGUGCUGUAUCGAAAUGCCUGAAGAGGACCCACAUUUCUGCCUGAACCUUCUGUCCUUCUAAAAUCAUGAUUGUCUCAGCGGUGUUGACUGCAUCCCAUACUGGGACAUCCAACACAACAUUUGUAGUCUAUGAAAACUCCCAUGUGAAUAUUACGGUGUCUCCACCAUUGCAACAUCCUAGUCCUGGUCCACUGCUUAGAUAUAGCCUGGAAACCAUGACCAGCACGGGACUUAGUUCCUUAGCAGUGAACAGCACAGCCAUGACCCCGACACCAGCAGUUUUUAAGAGCCUAAACUUAGCUCUUCAGAUCAUCCUUUCGGCUAUAAUGAUAUUUAUUCUGUUUGUGUCUUUCCUUGGAAACUUGGUUGUUUGCCUCAUGGUUUACCAAAAAGCUGCCAUGCGCUCUGCCAUUAACAUCCUUCUGGCCAGCCUGGCUUUUGCAGACAUGCUGCUUGCCGUGCUGAACAUGCCCUUUGCCCUGGUAACUAUUCUUACCACCAGAUGGAUAUUUGGGAAAUUCUUCUGCAGGUUGUCUGCUAUGUUUUUCUGGUUGUUUGUGAUAGAGGGAGUUGCUAUCCUGCUCAUUAUUAGCAUUGAUAGGUUCCUGAUUAUAGUUCAGAGGCAAGAUAAGCUAAAUCCAUACAGGGCUAAGGUCCUUAUUGCAGUCUCCUGGGCUACUUCUUUUUCCAUAGCUUUUCCUUUGGCUGUGGGAAAUCCUGAUUUGCAAAUACCUUCCCGAGCCCCACAGUGUGUGUUUGGGUACACAACUAAUUCUGGAUACCAGGCUUAUGUGAUUUUGAUCUCACUAAUUUCUUUCUUUAUACCUUUCCUGGUGAUACUGUAUUCAUUUAUGGGCAUCCUCAACACCCUUCGGCACAAUGCCUUGAGGAUUCAUAGCUACCCAGAAGGAAUAUGCCUCAGCCAGGCCAAACUUGGUCUCAUGAGUCUACAGAGACCCUUCCAAAUGAACAUCGACAUGGGCUUUAAAACACGUGCCUUCACCACCAUCUUGAUCCUCUUUGCUGUGUUCAUUGUCUGCUGGGCCCCAUUCACCACAUACAGCCUCGUGGCAACCUUCAGUAAGCACUUCUACUAUCGGCACAACUUCUUUGAGAUUAGCACCUGGCUACUUUGGCUCUGCUACCUCAAGUCUGCGUUGAACCCACUGAUAUACUACUGGAGGAUUAAGAAGUUUCAUGAUGCCUGCUUGGACAUGAUGCCCAAGUCCUUCAAGUUCUUGCCACGUCUCCCUGGUCACACAAGGCGACGGAUACGCCCUAGUGCUGUCUAUGUGUGUGGGGAGCAUCGGACGGUGUUGUGAAUACUGUAACUCUGAGACAUUUGGAGUCAUUAUGGGUCUUUACUGACUGAAAUUUUUUCAUAUGGCUUCUAAACUUUGGGGUUUUUUUUUUAUAGUGUGUGUGUGUGUGUGUGUGUGUGUGUGUGUGUUUUGUAAAAAAAGAAUGGUAAAUACUUUGAUCCUGAAACCAAGGGUACACUGUAAGAAAGUGGAAAGUGGUCACAUUAUGUUACCUCUAGAUUAAGAAAGCUUUGCGGGGAUGUGUUUGUUUAGUUGACUGGUUUUAUUUUUGCAGCAUGAAUCAAGAUUGUGCUUCAUGGAACCUGCAGUUAACUUGAAUUGUAGGUGGUUUUUUUGUUCUUGUUGUUUUUGUUUUUGUUUUUUUGUUGUUGUUUUGUUUUUAUGCUGCUGAGGCAAGCUUGGUUGAGUUAAUUAGUUCCUUUUCCUUUCCUACAAGACACUGCUGCUCUUUGCCAUAAUAUUGGAAUCAAAUCCCUAGGCAUCUCAGUUGGUAGAUACUUAGUUUUAUUUAAAAACAAAACCCAAGGAGGUUGGUGACAUUUUAAAGGUUAUUACAACUUACUUUGGUGCACUUUAAGAGACAAUGUACAAAUGAAUUCAGUUGUGUUCUUAGAAUUGUUUUUAUAUAUGACAUAUUGUGCUUUGGGAGACAUGUGCUUAUGAUCUCUAGGUAGGUUAUUUUUAUUAAACAAUGUUUUAGCUGCAUGUACAAUUUUAAAAGGAACACAAAUACAUAGGGGUUUUUCUAAGCACUAGUGAGUUUUCAGAGCACCAGGGAACCACCGAGGAGGCACAGCACUAUAGCAAAUUUCAGGGAAAGAGGAGCAGAAUGAGAGGGUGGCUGGUCCAACUUGUGGCCAUCUUGCUGAUUCGCACAUUCUCACCAAGUUCAGAGAGAAGAGGCCACCACUAUGCAGUGGUGCUGUAUUCAAGGUGUUGUGCAGUGCUCUGCCCUGGUGGCUUUCUGUGAGGUAGGUAUCGCUUGUUUCCUUUUUAAGAUUAAAGAAAUACAAGUUUCCGAGGGACAGAAAUCCUGCCCAGAGGUUUUGGUAGAGCUGGGCUCCAAACAUUUGAGAUGCAGAUACAGCUGCUCCAUUGUGCCACAUAGACUCCUCAUUCAUUUUGAACCUGUCGUAGUCAAGGGGGAUGUUACAUAUUCUUUCUUCUCUCCUCUCCUCUCCUCUCCUCUCCUCUCCUCUCCUCUCCUCUCCUCUCCUCUCCUCUCCUCUCCUCUCCUCUCCUCUCCUCUCCUCUCCUCUCCUCUCCUCUCCUCUCCUCUCCUCUCCUCUCUUCUCUUCUCUUCUCUUUUUGAGACAGGGCUACCAUGAAGACCAAGCAAGGUUUGAAGUUGCUGUGUCUGACUUGGAGUUUCUAAAGGAAGCAAAUGACUUUGGCUAGGGUCUGAAGAUCAAUAUAAAUAUGAAAAUAAUGUGAUUUUUCAACCUAUAGAACAAGCGACUGACAGUUACUGAGUGCUUAGUACAGCUGGGGGUGGAUCUUGCCCUGGCAGCUUUGGAGGUUUCCAACUGUCUAGCACACUCUAAUGUGGUCUGUAGUGGGACAUUUUGCCUCAGUGCUUGCCUUAGUAGAGCUGAAGUUUGUGAACUUCAGAGGUGUGUCUUCCCAAGAGAAGGGAAGAUAAACCCUGUGCUGAGCGUAGAUUAACUUUACUAGGUCAGGUUUUGGAGUUUUCAUUCUUUUUCUUUAGGUAUCUGCCUGUCCUGGUACCUCCAGGACCUUGGUCAGCUUCCCUCUGUUACUAGUGGUACACCUUAUAAAAUAGCCAGCAGGGUGGAGCUGCAGAUUAAAACCACCAGGGCUGAAAAGUAGCCCUCUAACUGCACUCUGGGCUAAGGGAGCACUUACCAUGGAUGUAUAGCACCUUUUCAGAAUUUUCCUGCUUUGUGAGCCAUUGGGAAAAAUAAGCCUGUGCUUCCUCAACUAUAAAAACCCAAGCUGGAUUACAGGAAUUGUUGAUAUCUUAUCCAACCCUGAGGGUUUUUUGUUUUUGUUUUGCUUUCCAUAUGUGAACAUAGUUGGAAGAGCCCGGCCUACUUCAGGACUAUUGUCUGGUCUCCAGUAUUACUUUACAUUUGCUUUGUUAGCUCUUUCUUAUAUGGUGUCUAAAGAGCUCUGGCAUGGUCAUCAGGAAUUGGGAUGUUGGCGCUUCGUUGACAGCACCAAAGACCUGGGAAGUCCUGCUCUUGAGGCGAUUGCAAUCAUGUUGGAAAUCUCCUGUCUGUUUCAUCAGCAUUAGGGACUAGGGUACACUAUUUAUCACAUUAUGUUGAGAUCAUUGCAUAUGAGAGCCGCCUACCUCUUUAAUUUCUAAUUUAUAUUUAUCACAGGUAAAUACGACUUUGUCCAUUGGGAUCAUAUAGGACUUAAACACUGUAGUAGAUGUUUAGCAGCACAUUGAAAUGCAUUUUUGCUUUCCAUUGUCAAUAUAAACUGGAUUAGAAGCAGAUAUUAAUACAGAUGCUGAAAAUGCAACUUUCAAGAAAGACACCACUGUGUAUAUUGAUGCAUACUGGUAACUCUUGAGACCCUUUUGGGACUGUAGUUGAAUGGAGUUUCACAUUCUCUAUUCUUGUUCAUGUACAGUUGAAGGUACUCUCUUCUGGUUUGGAGGCAGCUACACUUGGCCAGUGCUCUGCAGAGACUGCUGAGCCAACAUGGGAAGCCAUGGGGAAGGAGACGUUGAUCAGCAGCUCUCUUUACACUGGCUAAUCUGUUCAGAUGACAGUUUACAGAUCACUUUAAAUAUUUUUGUACUUUUUGAAAGCUUUAGGAGAAAAUAUGGUGCACCAUCAAGGAAUUUAGGCAUGUUGCCAAUUAUUCCAUGUUUUUUUUGAUGGGGAAAUACCACUAUUAACCAUUGCUGGCUGACAUAAUCAGAAAUUAUUUAUUUUUCCUCCUAGCUAAUGUGAUGCAUGAAAGAUAUAAGAAAAUAUUUGUUGUCAAAAAAAAGAGUAAAGAGAAAUUUCAAAUAGUUGGCAGUAGUGAUUUUUAAACUUUAGUAGGCAUUUGAAUAUCCCCCAGGGAAGGUCAACAAUACAAAUUCCUGGGCCUCUGGGUCAGUGGUUGGGCACAAGAAUGUUUAUUUUUAUUAUAUUGAGUGUUUUGUCUGAUUCUGGUUCAGAUGGUCGCUGGGGCAUAGUUCCAUGAAACCAUCCUGUAGAAAAUAAGUGUAUCAUUUAAAUAUUGCCUGUUUUAUCUUAAAGCAGCCGUGUGUCGGAAGCCAAUGGUGAUCCACAAUGAAAUAAAGUCUACAUGGUUUGUGCACAUGGUCUCCAUGUGAGCUGGUGUGGAUUUGGCCAGCACCAGCUUUCCUUUCACUGGCAAAGUCUGAUGAACCAUAUGGUUUCACAGUAGGGGUCCAAGAAUGACUCACUAAUUGUAAGUCAUGACUUCCAGAAGGCUAAUUAGUAUAGUAUUUCUUUCCUGCAGAUGUCUCUACAGGGCAUCUCUUCAUCAUGUGUGAUUUCCUGAAGAGAGUGAGGGGAAUGUAAAGGCUCAUCUAAUGCCUAGCUCUCUGCUUAGAGCAGUUGUUCACUUGAAGCAUGAAGUAAAAUAAAAUAAUCUUUUAAUCUUCAUACUUUUGUUGGUGACAAAGAUACUUAAUUUCUUUGAUCUUUGCUUUGUUUACAUGAAAAUAUCUAUGUAUAUAUCACAAAUAUUCCACAUGCUUGCUGUUUUAUUCUGUGAUUAUUUUUAUUUGAGUUUAAAGUACUACUAGAGUCAAAUUUAUUUCCAUAACCAUAAUUUUGAUGAACUGCCUUCAUUGAAAACUCAGUUUUAUAAUAAUGAAUAAAAAUAUCAAAGCACAUGUUUGUUAUUGCAAGUAAAUGUUAAUACAUUUCUUAGCUAUCUAUAGGUACUUGUCAUUUGUAAUUAAAAUUAAUUUAUUUUAAAAUGGUACCUAGGCUUUAAUGAAUAAAAAACUUUUAAUUUGGGGUUAUAACAUUUAAAUCUCAAAAGUAUGUUUAUUUGCUAAUAUUCUUAUUACAACCAAGAAAAGAGCUACCAUAAGAAAAUGAAUAAAUGUUUAAUAUUUCUAAAGUGGA